UGUCACUGCGGUUGCGCGCGGCGAGCGGAGAUCCCGGGGCGCCUGCGCGGGUGGCUUUGCGGGCGCUCGCGGUAAGUUUGCGCCAAGUGCGCGGCAGCCGGGACGCAGACGGCAGCGGCGGCGAGAGGCGGAGCCCGGGGACCACCCCCCAUCAUCCUCCCCGGAGUCACCUCACGAACCACAACCUCACCUAACCUCUCACCCCCCCCUCCGGUCCCCCAACCCCGGGAUGGCAGCGCCCGCUAGCCUUCCCGGCCGGACCAGCGGUCGCCAGCGCCAGCUUUAGCCUGUGGGCCUAGGCCCCGCCGAGGCCUGACCCCCGGAGCCGGGAUCCACUGUGCAGCCAGCCGCCGGGCCGGGGCUGAGGGGUUGCUCCCCUCUCACGGCCCGUGGAGAGGACGCUGCCGUCCCAGGGACUAGGGGGCCGGGGGGUGGGGGGGAGCCAGGGCGAGGAAGUCGGAACCUGUGUUGGGAAGAGAGAAGGGGACCGGGGGUCAGAAGUGCUCCCUUCCCCUCCUCCCCCCUCCCCCCGGGGCUGGGGGGGCCGGAGCAGAGAGCGCCCAGCCUGGGAGGUGGAUGAAUGUGGGAGAAAAUGGAGACCAAGACGAUCGUGUACGACUUGGACACGUCGGGGGGGCUGAUGGAGCAAAUCCAAGCUCUGCUGGCUCCCCCCAAGACGGACGAGGCAGAAAAGCGGAGUCGGAAGCCGGAGAAGGAGUCCCGGAGAAGCGGCAGGGCCACCAACCACGACAGCUGCGAUAGCUGCAAGGAAGGUGGGGAUCUCUUGUGCUGCGAUCACUGCCCUGCCGCCUUCCACCUUCAGUGCUGUAACCCUCCACUGAGUGAAGAGAUGUUGCCUCCUGGGGAGUGGAUGUGUCACCGGUGUACUGUCCGCCGAAAGAAACGAGAGCAGAAAAAGGAGCUGGGCCACGUCAAUGGACUGGUGGACAAGUCUAGCAAACGGACUACAUCCCCCAGUAGUGACACUGACUUGUUGGACAGACCAGCUAGCAAAACUGAACUCAAGGCCAUUGCCCAUGCCCGGAUCCUGGAAAGGAGAGCCAGCCGGCCUGGCACCCCAACAUCCAACGCCAGCACAGAGACCCCCACCUCUGAGCAUAAUGACGUCGAGGAGGACAUCAUUGACGUGGAUGAGGAGCCAGGAGCAGCAGAGCCGGACUAUGUGCAGCCCCAGCUGCGGCGGCCUUUUGAGCUGCUGAUUGCUGCUGCCAUGGAGCGGAACCCUACCCAAUUUCAGCUGCCCAAUGAACUGACUUGUACCACGGCACUACCAGGUUCUAGCAAACGGAGAAGAAAGGAGGAAACCACAGGGAAGAAUGUAAAAAGGACACAGCAUGAAUUAGAUCAUAAUGGUCUUGUUCCCUUGCCGGUCAAAGUCUGCUUCACAUGUAACAGGAGUUGUCGAGUGGCCCCCCUCAUCCAGUGUGACUAUUGCCCGCUUCUGUUUCACAUGGACUGCCUCGAGCCCCCGCUCACUGCCAUGCCCCUGGGCAGAUGGAUGUGUCCGAAUCACAUCGAACAUGUGGUGCUGAACCAGAAGAAUCUGACUCUGAGCAAUCGGUGCCAGGUGUUUGAUCGGUUCCAGGACACCAUUUCACAGCAUGUUGUCAAAGUGGAUUUCCUGAACCGAAUCCACAAGAAGCAUCCUCCUAACCGCCGUGUGCUCCAGUCUGUCAAAAGAAGAAGCUUGAAGGUUCCUGAUGCUAUAAAGUCUCAGUACCAGUUUCCACCCCCUCUCAUUGCACCUGCGGCCAUUCGGGACGGGGAGCUGAUCUGCAGUGGGGUCCCUGAGGAAUCGCAAACGCACCUUUUGAACUCUGAGCACUUAGCCACCCAGGCAGAACAGCAAGAGUGGCUCUGUAGUGUUGUUGCGCUCCAGUGCAGCAUAUUGAAACAUUUAUCUGCUAAGCAGAUGCCUUCGCAUUGGGACUCUGAACAGACAGAGAAGGCUGAUAUUAAGCCUGUUAUUGUGACUGACAGCUCAAUCACCACCUCCCUGCAAACCGCUGACAAGGCACCUCUACCUUCCCACUACCCUUUGUCCUGCCCCUCAGCAAUGAGCACCCAAAAUUCCCUGGGGUGUUCUCCACCCCACCAACCCCCAACCCUAGAGGACAUCAGCUGCAGUUCUUGUGUGGAAAAGUCCAAGAAAGCCCCUUGUGGGACUGCCAAUGGGCCAGUGAACACAGAGGUAAAAGCCAAUGGCCCACACCUCUACAGCAGCCCCACUGAUUCCAUGGAUCCCCGGCGACUUCCUGGCGCCAGCACCCCUUUACCAGGCCUCACACACCGGCAAGGCUGGCCCCGGCCCCUCACGCCACCAUCGGCUGGGGGGCUUCAGAAUCACACCGUCGGCAUCAUUGUGAAGACAGAAAAUGCCACUGGCCCCAACUCUUGUCCCCAGAGGAGUUUGGUACCUGUCCCAAGCCUGCCCCCUUCCAUUCCCAGCUCUUGUGCCAGCAUCGAGAACACCAGCACUUUGCAUAGAAAGACUGUCCAAUCACAGAUAGGACCUUCAUCAACAGAAUCGAGGCCUCUGGGUUCACCCCCAAAUGCCACCCGGGUGCUCACUCCCCCCCAAGCUGCAGGAGACAGUAUCUUGGCCACAGGCGCCAACCAACGAUUCUGCUCACCAGCGCCAUCAUCAGAUGGCAAGGUCAGCCCCGGCACGUUAUCCAUAGGAAGCGCUUUAACCGUACCCUCUUUCCCAGCCAACUCUACUGCCAUGGUGGACCUCACCAACUCACUUCGAGCAUUUAUGGAUGUCAAUGGAGAAAUCGAGAUAAGUAUGUUGGAUGAGAAGGUGAUCAAGUUCCUGGCCCUGCAGAGAAUACAUCAGCUUUUCCCUUCCCGGGUCCAAGCUUCACCGGGCAGUGCUGGGACACAUCCGCUCGCUUCUGGAGGGCACCACACAGAAGUGCAAAGAAAGGAGGUACAGGCCCGAGCUGUGUUCUACCCCCUCUUAGGGUUGGGAGGAGCUGUGAACAUGUGCUAUCGAACCCUCUACAUCGGGACAGGAGCUGACAUGGAUGUGUGCCUUACAAACUAUGGUCACUGUAACUACGUGUCCGGGAAACAUGCCUGCAUAUUCUACGAUGAGAAUACCAAACAUUAUGAGCUGUUAAACUACAGUGAGCAUGGGACAACGGUGGACAAUGUGCUGUAUUCAUGUGACUUCUCUGAGAAGACCCCGCCAACCCCCCCAAGCAGUAUUGUUGCCAAAGUACAGAGUGUCAUCAGGCGCCGCCGACACCAGAAACAGGAUGAAGAGCCAAGUGAGGAGGCAGCCAUGAUGAGUUCCCAGGCCCAGGGGCCACAGCGGAGACCCUGCAAUUGCAAAGCCAGCAGCUCCAGCUUGAUCGGGGGCAGUGGGGCCGGCUGGGAGGGCACAGCCUUACUACACCAUGGCAGCUACAUCAAGCUGGGCUGCCUGCAGUUUGUCUUCAGCAUCACUGAGUUUGCGACCAAACAGCCCAAAGGCGAUGCCAGCCUGCUGCAGGAUGGGGUCCUGGCAGAGAAACUGUCUCUUAAGCCCCAUCAGGUCCCUGUGCUACGCUCCAACUCGGUUCCCUAGGCUGUGGCCUGGACACCCACCCAAGACUCCUGCAAUGCAAACAUGUACACGAACCAAGCCCGGGUGUUUUCUAUGCCAGAAACCCUUCAACUACAAUCUUUGCAUGAAAUGAAGAAAACCUUUUGACUGUUUUUUAAGACUUUUUUUCUUUUCUCAAGUUCUAGGGGGCAUUUGCACAUAUAUUUGUACUCAACAUUUCAUGGGAAAGCGGCAGACCCGAGCUGAGGAACAGCAUGGGCAGGGAGGGGAGGCCCUGGUCUGGACACUUCCUCCAGCACAACCCCUUCCCUCGCCUCCUGCUCCUCCUCCUCGACUGCCUGCCCGCUGUUGUAAAAUAAUCAGAAACUUGUUCUAUUUUGUGGCAGUGACAAUAGUUUUAUAUUAAAAGAAAAAAAUACAGUUUUCAUACAGCAAAAUCUAUACAAUAUCAUUGUUUUAUUUAAUAUAAAGAUCGCUACCCACUCCUUUCCAUGGUUCCUACCCUACAAGGAAUUUCCCUUUCUGCAGCGGUUGCACUACAGGUAGCUACUGUGUAUAUGGACAAAUGAGAAAUGAUUCUUUUUCUGGCUGUCCAUCUAUUUUAUUUCAAAUAAGGAAAAGUGUAUUUGGAUUUUGUGUAAAUACAUCUAGUGAUGGCAUUUUUUUCAAUGUUUUUAAAAACUGUGUACAGUACAUGUGGUAGAGUGUUUUUCUCAAAUUGUCUAUUGUAGCGAAAGCGUUUUUGUCGUAAACCUGUUCUGUGUCCUUUUUUGUUCUCUUACCACUUCUCUUCCUCCUCACCCCAGAUACUUCCUCGUCCCCACAACUAGUACCAAUGUACAUAGUAAUUGUAAUGUUUUAGACUUUACAGAAACUUUCCUGUAUUCUGUAUAUAAAAACCAAAAAUACUUCAAA